ACUCAAAACACGGUCUGGUCUAGAACAGUAAUAGUAAUUAAACUUUUUUGGCGUUUUUAGGCUUCUAAAAUAAAAUUUAGGCUUGGUCUGUCUGGUUAACUUAUACACAAUAUUGUCCAUGUCUUAUGCUUGUUAAUUAUUGAAAUACAAACUAAUAGCAGAAUAGGUACUUUGUCAUUUUUCAAUCAGUUCACAGUACACAUUUCAAUAUAGUGCUCUGCUUGACCCUCUUAACCACAUUUUAUCAACAAUUUCACAAUUUAAUUUUAGUGCAAAGUAUUGGGAUCAUGAUUGAAUAAUUAGAUAGAAAUAUCUUGGUGCUUGUACAAUCUUCAAGAUUUGGUCUGAAAGUUAAGAAAAUUUCCUUGAGGGCUAUGAGUUGAUAAACGUAAACUCUUUCAAAAGUAAAAGUGACUCUUAUUAAAGUUACGGACGAUCGUUCUAUUAUGGUUAACACAAAAACAAUCAUUUCAUUUGUUUUCUUUUCCUGUCCAUGACUAAACGGUUAAUAGAGCAUUUUCUCUCACUUCCUCUAAGCAGUUUCCCUGACUGUUCUAACUUGAAUUGCCUCGAAUCUCAUGGAAUAUAAUUGUUAUUGUUGAUGUAGGUUUUUUUAAUAAAUUCGUAGCUAGUACUUUAGUUUUAAUUUGAAAAAACAUCCUUAUAAAUGUACAAAUGUUGAUUAGUAAGGAGAAAUUUGAUAAAUUAAGUAUAAAAAUCCCAAUAAGUUCAGGAUUGCUUUACAAUGCGAAAUGUUUCAACUUUCAAUACAACACCUUUCAAUUUAAUGCAAUGGAGCUUAGCUGGUCAGAAUGUUCUAAUUCUAAUCAAAUGAGUCCACUGCUGCUUGCCAUAACUUAUUGAUUUCCUGGUUUUGUCUGGUACUAUUUAAUUUCACUUUAGCCCUAAACCCAGUAAAGCAUGACCAACCAGAACAUCUUAGUUCAAAAUUGAUAGUUGCAGUGCUGCCAAAUCAUGUUUAAUUGAUUUUCUCAUAUAAUCAUUUUGUGGUAAAAAUCAGCGUUGUUUUAUUUUAUCGAUUUAGAAAAAAUCUUUCCAGAUACACAAAGAAUAGUUCAGAAUAUCUCAUUUGGAGUAUUUAACUGUUGCCUGACUUAAUAUGCUCAAAAAAAGCUCUGAACCAUGUUUAUGGGUAUCUAUCAUCGAAUUGCUAUAAAAUCUUAAAUGUAUUCUCUUAUUAUGAAGAUGUGAAGAGAUAUUGGAUAUGCUUUAUUAGCUAGGCUAAUUAUUUUAACGAUGAUAAUUGCUUAAGCAUUCUGAACUUUCAUUACAAAUGCCAAAUUUCAUUGUUUUAAUUCUAAGCUUAAAUACACAAUCAUAAUUUAUGAAAUAUAAAAGAGAAAACUUUUCUUGACGAUAUUUCUCAUUCGCGGAAAAUGGAUGAUCUGGCUGGGCCUUCAUUUUUCGAUUAUACUGGUGCUCAUUCAACCAUAUCCUCCUCAACUCUUGAAAUCCAUGGUGCUGGACUGGACUCAGUAUUAAAACAGGAAACGCACGACUCUACCGCAUGGAUACAAGGAUUCACAGACUUGUCAUCAGAAAUUGGGAUAACGCAACAACAUACCAGCUAUGAACAAACAACUAGCAAAGUUAAUUUUUUUCAGUCGGGAUUACAAAACCCUAUCGGACUGGAAAGUCUUAUUUCAGGCCCGCCAUCGCAGACGUUUGACUCUCUGGAUUUGAUUUUAAAUGAACCUAGCAGUUUCGAUAAUAAUACUUCCAGCUCAAUUCCAACCUCAAUUUUUUCAACCUCCGUUGAGAAUAAUAAUAUCAGUAAAGUGGAGCCUAUUACAUCAGACUCCUUGAUUUUAAAUUCACUGAAUGCAUUACCUACCCAUAAUUCAAUGCAACAAAGUACCCACAAUGCAACAAUAGAGAAUUCAGAAAGUCAGGGGCCUCUAAUUCCAUUGGAAAAAGCAGGAAAUGUCCCAAAUCUAACUGUCACCACUGUGAAAGAAAUCCCGGCAACGGUCAUUCCUAAGGAAGUGGACCCUGAGAAAGAUCUGAAUUUAUACAUAACGAACGUUGUGACAUCGUUCCGAGUAAGAUGUCAUCUUAAUUUACGAAGAAUCGCACAGGAGGGAAUCAAUGUUAUUUAUCAAAGAGAAUCAAAGAAAAUUAUCAUGCGAAUACGACGGCCGUCUUGCACAGCUUAUAUUUGGUCUUCUGGUAAGAUUAUUUGCACAGGAGCAAACUCUGAAAUGGCUGCUAGAAAAGGUUCAAGGAAACUCGCAAAAAGGCUGCAGAAAAUAGGAUUUCAAGUGAUAUUUUCAAAUUUCAAAGUGAUCAACGUUCUUGCUGUUUGUAAAAUGCCGUACCAUAUUAAUAUUGUUGAUUUUUCUAAUUUUCAUCGAUCAAAACAUUUGAGUUAUGAGCCUGAGAUUCAUCCUGCAGUGACUUAUAGGAUGCCAGAUAUGAAAGUUACCUUCAAAAUAUUUUCUACCGGUUCGAUCACUCUGACCUGCCCUGUUGUCGCUCGAAUAUCCGAAGCAAUUAAACUAAUUUAUCCAAUGGUGGAAGGUUUUUUCAAAAAGGACAAGCCAAACGAUCUUGCCUCACUAAGAAAACAACCCGACGAUUUUGAAAAAGUUGAAGAUAAAGAUGAACAAAGUUUGAGUUGAUAACACCUGAAGGGAACACUUUAGACAAUUUAAGGGAACACUUAUUUUAAAUGCGUGGGAAUAAUAUUUAUUAGGAAUAAUUUUUGGGGAUUAUAUUGUUUUUUCGAAAUGCUACAUUCUCUAUAUGGGAAGUGGAUGUUGGUGAAAUGCGGGAUUUUCUUCCAGUGAUGUGGUAAAAGUUGUCUGCUCCAACCUCAAGUUAUCUCGGCAUUCUGAGUUCUGCUGGGUUCAUUUUAGAGCAGGGGUGUGCAACCUGCGGGCCAAAUAAGGCCCACAAGGGAAAAUGGUGGGGCCCCGUAGAAGUGCGAAUGACGUUACAAUGCCGAAAUAGCUAGCUUGUGCGAAGCGAACAAUGCAUGUCAUAAAAUCAAUACUCAAAAUUUUUGUGCCUGCAACUACUAGAUGUUAAAUAUAAGUGCGGCCAGCGAUUUUAUCCAGUUAUUUGUAUCUGGCACUCUUGUAUUUAAGGUUGCACACCCCUGUUUUAGAGUACUGUAGCACCAACUCGCCAGAUAAAAACAUCUUUGCCAAACAUCUACUUUUUGUGAGUUUCGAUUAGAAAAAAAUUUAGGAUUUAACUUCUGAUGGUCAGACAAUGCGACAAAAAAAUGGAGUUUCAAUCAAAAAUAUGAGCAGUUUUGAAUAUUUUAAUCUAUUAAAAUGUCUUGAAUUUCAGAGUGUUUCGAAUUGUAAAUAUUCAAUUUUGGCCAUACCCACAAAUGAGCAAAUACCAAAAUUUUUGUAGCUAUUAUAAUUGUAAAUUUCACAUUAUUGGCAUGUGUUACCCAAAUGGUAGAACUUGAAGGAGUGGUUUAUGUUAUUCUUGGGCUUUUCCUCCUUCGAUUUGAUCAAUAAUUUUCAGUGAUGUGUUGCUCCAGCCUCGAGAUAUCUGGUUAUUUCGAGUUCAGACUUGCCGACCUUUGAAAACAUCUUUGCUCCUGCUUUUUGUGAGUUUCAGUUGAAAAUUAUUUUUGUGAUUCGACAUCUGAUGGUCAGAAAGAUCGGUAAGAAUGUUGAUAGGUAUGUGUCUGUCUGUGUGUUAGAUGUACGCGAUAUCUCACGAAAGCGAGAUUGAAUAUGCUCCAGAUUUUGCAUGUGCAUUCAUCAUAGCUGGGAUCAGAAGCCUAUUGAUUUUGGAUGGAUUAUGUCC